GGAUGGCGGCGCCGGCAGCCCAGCGGGGGCGGGGUCUCCCGGGUCGCGGUCGGCGGCGCGUCUAUUCGCAGUGGCCCAGCGCCACGGCCAUGUACUGGCGCCGCGCAGCACUGGUGGGGACGCGGUUUGUCCGGAGCGGGAGCAGGUCGGCGGGCCGGCUCGAGGGGGCAGCGGGAGUUUCGGCCUCUGGGAUGGGGAACAGCACAUCGUCAUCUUUGGGGAACACAGCAACUACUCCCAUGAAUCAGAUCCAAGAAACCAUUUCUAAUAAUUGCGUGGUGAUUUUCUCCAAAACUUCUUGUUCUUACUGUACGAUGGCAAAAAAACUUUUCCACGACAUGAAUGUAAACUAUAAAGUUGUGGAAUUGGACACGCUUGAACACGGAAGCCAGCUUCAAGACGCUCUUCACAAAAUGACCGGUGAAAGAACUGUGCCAAGAAUAUUUGUCAAUGGAACUUUUAUUGGCGGUGCAACUGAAAUUCACAGGCUUCACGAAGAAGGGAGAUUGCUUCCACUAGUUCAUCAGUGUUACCUAAAAAAAAAGCAACGGCAGGAUGGACAUGUCCAGCAAAGGUCUCGUUAUCAGUGAAUACUAUGAAGACAUCGGCAGCUGUAUUUGUGUUUUGAGCCCAGAUCAUUGGAAGAGAGCAAUCAGUUCCACCUGCUGGGAUCUAACUCGG